AUGUCUUCCUCUCAGCAAGAGUUGCCAACGAAGCGACACUUCGGUGCCAUGGCGCGCCAAGUUCGCUUGUUUUCUCUUGACUCUCACGGAAACACAGAAAAUCCGGUGGGGAGUUGCGAGUUUUCUUCCAGUCAUGGCCGUAGCAGAUCAUCUUCUGCCGGUGUUGCUCUUGAACUGAGCAUUCGCAACCAUCCGACCCCACGAACUGAAAGACAAGACCUCAGCCGUCCGCCAAGUUCCUCUGCAUCUUCGCCAUCCGUCACUAAAAGAGCGUUCUCACCACGGUUCGCACAUGUAUUCAAAUCCUCCGGUUCGUUAUCUAGCGAACCGUCUACGGAUGAUGUAGGCCCACCACCUCUUCGUGCCCCCUCCAAACUGCGAUGGGAGCAAUUACGCCAGCAUGUAGUCGCUUCUACUACUCCUAUCCCUCCGUCGCCAGUGCCAUCCCAUAGGACAAACACAAGCGGCCCAACCCCCACUACGCCUAAAGCUUCCCGUUUCGCCCGCCUUGGGCUUCGGCAGGUGGCGGAUCAUGUGCGUGAGGCUACCGUGGACGAUUCUCGUAUGCUCGCCGACGAUAUACUCAGAUUAUACUGGUUUUCUCGACCAUUGGACGCUCGUUCCGGGAGGCAGGAACGGGAAGGAUCAACUGGGACUGCGACAUCUUUGACCUUGCCACUCAUACCAAACGCUAUCCCGAAUGCCGAUCUGUUACUUGCAGAUUCCAGUCAGGAUCUCUCGAGACCUGCUUUUGCCAUCUUGUCGAGACAAGUUUUGGAACUUCAUGAUGCCGUACUCCGCUAUGCUUCGCGGAAUGUAUCAUAUCUGCCGCACGAACACUUGGUCCUUGCGAUACUCUUAAAGCCUUUCCUUACAGGUUAUGCCAGGGGCCUGGCUGAGGAGGAGCGUUGGACUGCAGUAGAGGCCUUCGAAACCGCAGUUAAGAUUUGGCAGCCUGCGUCCGCUGAGAUGGGUAUUGAACGCUGCAUAUGGUGUUGUAGUGCUGCUCGCCAGGAAACACCGAUGAGGCCCAGGAUCAUUGGCAUCCUCAACUCUUUGCUUCGUCCACGCACCGGUCCUAUCGAGUUCCGUAGCCCUGGCACAUUCGUUUCGUUGAUUCAAUCACUGCUCACGACACUCGUUUGUAUACUGGAGCAAGUGUCGGAUGGCCCUGAUGCUGAUAUCGUCAAGGACUUGAUCGCUCAACUACGGACCGGUAAUUGUGGUAGUCUCGCUUCAUACCUAGCUGACGUGGAGGUGGAUGGGAUUCCUGUUAUGCUGGACGGUGUCAAAGAAGCAGACCUCCGGGAUGCCUUAGUUUCCGAAGCCCUUAUCCAAUGCUGCAAGUUUUCUCCCCCGUGGGUUCGGACUCAGGUCAUAGCCUUCCUUGACGAAUACUGGAGACCUGCGUGGCAACCAGAGCCAUUUUCUCCUUUACUCGCCGUCACUCACACCCGAAAACUAAACGUAUUUAGUGAUGUUUUGCUCUUAAUCGCUUCCAUCGAUCAAGUGGGGCAGAAAUCUGGCACGGAAGUCAUUGUCAAUAUUGUUGAAACUAGGGUCAACAAAGAGUUAGUGUUGAUCACUGGAAGGUAUUCAAUGGACGUCAUGAAACGUCUCAGUUUCUCCCUACUCGAAGUUCUCUGUCUAAGUAGCUCACGGGAAGAAGACAAGGGGAAGAUCCUGGCCUUGCUGACGGAAUAUCUCAUGAGCGAACGAUGGAGGCCAGCUGUGGAAAGCUCUAUUCAAAAAGCGAUCAAUUGUCGAGAAUGGCCGUUAGCUUGUGGUGUCGUGGAGGCCUUCUUCAUACUGCCUGAGAUUGUUCGCGCUUCCGUUUUCUCAGUCGUAAUACCCGCUUUACAGGAAAGACUUGUCAUUGACCCUCCGUCCGACUCAAUUUCGUUGUUCCCUGGUAUCCUUGAAAGGGUUUCCCGACUAUAUCCACAACUAUUCUUCAAACCGUUCUUUUCUUGCGCGGCCUCGUCCAAGGAGUUGUCUGUUGUUCAUCACCUUCAACAGGUUGUUGGCGUAUCUGCUUUAUUACCUGAUAUCUGGCUCCAUGAUCCAGACAUGAUUGUCGUAGCUCUCAUGAACGAGGUUGGCGACAAACAAGAAACUCACAAGACGUGGGGAAGAGCAAGAUUGGGUCGGACUGCAUUGCUGGUAGAGCUGAUAAUGGUAAUUAGGGCAUUGAUCCCUGUAGAUGCGGCUGUGCCUCCCAGCAAUCGGGUCGCUUCGGCCAACCGAUUUUUCAGUACACUAGAAACGCGACUUGGUGUCAUGCUAGAUGUAAGAGAGAGAACUGUCUUGAUACCUCAAUCCCAGCGACUCCUUCUAUCUGUAUUGUUGAGACAUAUCAGGCUUCUUACCCGUUCUCUCAAACGAUCGUCGUGGUUGUCAGCAUCGAUAUCAUGGCUCCUGCACUCACAGCCAGGGUCUAGCAUCGAUGAUGGUGGCGACGAUGUCUUAACCGUUGACGACAACGUCGUGGCUGAGCUGCUCGAAACGACAAGUCAACUUGAGGCCCUGUACCGGUCCGCACAGGAAGCCAUCCAGGCUUCGCAUCAGCGCAGAAGCACCAUGUUAUUUCCCAAUUUCUUCAGCAGUGGUUCAAAUACAAACAACGGGUGCCAAUCAAAACUUAGUGCUUACUUCACUGAGCGUGCAGAGUUCUUAUCAUCUUUGCCGCGGUCUCUGUCACAAGAAAUUUCCAGAUUGCUAGUUAUGGUCUCACCAUCGCUGACAGCAGAGGACCAUGGUUCUCUUGGCCCUUUCUUAUGGAAGCACUGUUUACAUGAUGCCGGAUCACCUACUGCGCUUUCGGCUGCCUUCUUGAUUAUGCAAUGUGCGGAGAGGGCAACUACGACCCUGAUACCUAUAAUUACGAGUGACUUGCAGAGCCGCGACGACCAAGUCAAAGUUACCGCUAUUCGUCGGUUCUACGUCUUGAUCGCAAUGCGCUUUCAAAUUCUCUCUGAAUUCUUCAUCCAGGACAGAAACCACAGGCGCCUAUUCAGGUCUGCGCGUGAUCCCCUUCCAUUUGUAGCGACGAGCAUAGGCUCAAGUUUGUUCGCGGAGAAAGAGGAGGAAGAAGGGGACGAGGGUGAGAUGUCCCUCGAACUCAGGAAGCGCCUAGCCGAGGUCGGUUGGCUCAGUGAUAAGGAGUCCGCUGACAAGAAGCGCCAAUGGACGUGCACACCUGUGUCAUUAUUACCUCUCUACGCGGUCGACCGUGUAGUCAACGUGGAACAACAGAUACUUGUGUCUUCGUUCCUCGGCGGAACCCGAAAAAUACGUUCCAAUAGUGAUGUUUCUGAUUCUGGGUUAUCGACGAGGACGACGGACUCCGCUGCGCGGUCUGGAAAACGCCGUGCAGUCUUUGUUCCACAACUUGCUGCUCUUUUCCCUUUAGUUAUUUCCAUGGCAUCAGAACCUCAGUUAGAAGUUGCCUCCACAGCUCGAGACUGCAUCCUACACGUCCUUCGAGACGACCCGGCAUUACUACUCCGACCUGCAUUUGACCUCGUCGUAGGGAACAAGAUGGAUGAGGCCGCAACAGCUAUCCGAGGAUUGCUACACCUUCGGCAUGUUCUCCCUCCCGCAGCAACCCACUACAUCUUCAACCACUUGAUGGGUUUUCUAAAGUGGUUAGCUCGGGAAACCAAUACUGGGGAUCCCUUGCUCGAUUUCGCUAUGUCUUCUACCCUGUUAACUGGCUUUCUUUCCCAAGUCAGCGAAAUGUCUCUGCGCGAGAUAAGGCGCGCCAAGGUUGAGCCUUUCCUUUUACCCACUGGAUCGCUGUGGUUCCAUGAAACGGCCCCAGUCAGUGCAUUAUUCCCCCGCAGUAUCGCAGCAGCUGCGGAGGAUAGCGUGAAGCGCAUGUCGGUAUUAGCAGCGAUGACCGUAAUCAGGCUAUCUCAAAACCGGCUUUUCCUUGCACUGUUGCAGAAGCAUCCCAAAGAUGUGCAGGGGAUCCGCAAAAGCAUGAAAGGAGUAGAAUUGCCCUGUCUGGUUGACGGCGGACGAGCAACUCUCUUGACGCUCAACAGGCUUGUACCCUCCAAAGCAAAACUAUCGGUAGCCCUAUCCCAACCUAGCUGCUGGAUUGGUGUGCUGUCUUCACUCCUUUCACGAAGCUACCUGCUUCUGACGACCCAGAUUUUCAAAUCCAUGUCUCCACAUAUUAGUGAGAGGAAUGAGCUUGCAACUUUCAUCGACGGUAUCAACCGAAUACUGCUCGCACACUCAAGUGACAUCGGCAUCGUCGCCCAGGGAUUGAUUGGUACACUUAUGGUAGCCGGUACCCGAUUUCGGCGCUUAUUCAUCUCAGGAGGUGGCUACCCUUUAUUUAUGCUCGCUAUUUUCAAACUAUAUGCCGAGCAAGAGGGAAACGAAGGCAUCAGAACAUCCAUAGAAUACGCCGCGAACCGUUUUUACGCCCUCCACCAGGAAACCUUCCUCUUCCAGAUGCUAGAUGUCGUGGCCCACGCUGUCAUGACCAAGGAAUGUGAUGACUUCUGGACGACGGCGCACGUUCAUCAACUUCUAUCCUCUCUGCGAUACGACACAGCCACCUCUUUGGAUUAUUCAGGCAUCCGCGACUCUACUAAGUUGCAAGAGAAGGAAGCGUUAAUGGUUGUCACUGCCGAAGAGAAUCCCCAAGUGUUCAUUAAUUCGACAAGGCGCCCAAGUGCAAACGAAAAAAAGUUGUUAACAGACCUACCUGAAGAAUACGCGAGUGUCCCUCUCCCUCCCGAGAAUGUAAUACGACUUCUGUUGACGGUCAUAGCUCAUGACCCAUCAGCACAUCGGGCACAGCGUUUCCUCCGUCUUCUCCGGCUGUCUGUCCAGACAAUGUAUAACGUGUCGAAACCAGCGCGAAAUAUCCUACGUGAUGGCAUCGACGCUAUCGGAAAUAUCGUUACGCGAGUUCAUCCCAAAUCUCGUAAUCCAGAGUCCACACCUUCGUCGAACAAUCACUCAUAUGACAACGUCUUCUCUGAGAUUCCCGACAUCGCCUCUAUGCAAUUAGACUUCCUGCGCCUCGUCCUCGAAUAUAUACAAUGUGGUGGUCACGUUCUUCCCAACACCUCCCAGAAAUUCUUCGAGAUUACGAGGCUUCUCUUGCGCGAAGCCUGUGGACAAGAGGUUGAAGACAUCUUGUCCCAAUACUCGAAGAGUUUUCUGAACAGGACCAGUCAGCACAGUAGCAAAGAGGUGACUGUAUUUUUAGAGAUCAUCGCACCGAUAAUACGCACCUACGGAUCCACGGUCGACUUCGCCGGUGUCUACGAGGCAAUCAUACCCAUACUCUCCGACGACCGGGCCAGCCUGGAAGUUCUCAUCGAGCGAUGUACCGAAGGGUUGUUGCCCCAUUGCACGACUCCGCCGGCUAUACAUCUGAUGACCCGUGCGGUGUAUAUGCGCGGUGUAGACAUCGUUGCUGAGAUCGUAACCCAUCCACCCACCUACCAAUUAACGACCUGCGUGCUGAUUCCGUUCAUCCUGUCUUUGGACCCUGGUGGCGACAAUACCAGCAGCUCCAGGUCGCACAACCGUGAAGUCUAUCAUAGAAUCUGGUUGCGUCUGCUUUCAUACUCCCUGAAAGCAUGUCAGAGCGCGUUUCAAACUUUUACUGCCUCUCCAUCUCCGGAACGUCGUAAAUCUCAGGACAAGCGUCGCUCGGGUUCUACGGAGGAAACAGUCAUGAGUGUUGUUGCCGCCCUGCAGGCAUUGAAAGUCAUCUGUGUGAAAGGGGCAGAAGAGAUCUCAUUGUCACCUGGGAUUUGGACCCAUAUAGCAACUGUGCUAAAGUCUCUCCUUGCGGAUGGCGAUGCUUCCUUCGCAUUUGGUGGGGAGUUGAGUGCCCCUCCUUCCCCAGUCCAGUCACCACAUCACAGUAUCGCUUCGUUCGACCCCUUUACUAGUCCGGACGCGCUUCGUCCGUCUGUGGCCUUUGAUUUCCGCCGUGUGACUAACUCACCCUCUCGCCCGCGUCUUGUUGACUACCUUCUCUGGUCUCUGCUGGAGAAAAAGCUCGUCGUCUUGAUGAUGACAUACGAUCUCAUCAAAGCGGGUUCUUCGCCAACAUACGAGAACGACGGGUGUCUUCCAUCUUUUCAAAGCCGCGUAAACGUGCCUCUAAAGCAGAAGCUGGACGGCCCCCUGCACACCCUUGAUGUGGAUAUUAGCGUGGAUCGCAAGGCAGGGUUCGAACGCUCGCCUUCUUCACCAGGCGGGCCGUCUCACCUACCGCAGAUUGUCCAUCUCGGACCGACUCAAUUGCACGAACCCCAACAAUCCGCUUCGACGACGGGCAUAAUAUGCAUGCAUCUUAGAAAUGGCACCAUCAAGUCGCCCAAGCUCAUUCAUGCGACGUACCGGCGUAUCCGGCUCGUCCAAGCCUCAAUGGGCUAUGAUUUAUUACUUCCUAUCCCACCCGGGAUGGAGGCUGACGAGGGAUUCGACACAAUCAAGGCAUGGACGAAGAAGCGGGCAGUUGAAGAGCUCGUCCGCGAGAUGGAGGAACUAACGGAAGAGUUUUUACACGCCUCAGGGGAGUCUGGAGCAGACGAGUCGAUGAUUAUCGUCGAUCCUGACGAAUCCGCCUUGGUAUAA